AUGAUUGAAACAGGUGCUGAGUACGUAUAUGCUAAAGCAGUGACAGAAAAAAAAUAAGGAGAAACUCCAAUUUACAGACAUAUUGAUUUAGUUGGUGAUUUAGAAUGGACUCCAUACCCUGAUGUCUAAAAUAUGCAAGAUUUUUUCAAGAAGAUUGUCCGCGAUUUUGGAAAUAACUAAUUCCUUGGUACUCUUAACAAAGAAAAGAAAGUAUAUGAAUGGAAGACAUACUAGGAAGUUAAUAAGCUUUCAAUAGAAUUAGGUAGCUCCAUUUAGAAUAACAAUCUAUUUUACAACACAAGCAGUGAAGGUCUCAAUACUAACAUCAAUCUUUUUGGUGUAUAUUCAAAGAACAGAGAAGAAUGGAUUAUGCUCGAAAUAGCUGGUUACUAUUAUAACUUUAGCAUCGUUCCUCUUUAUGAUACACUUGGAGCUGAUUCAAUGAUGUACAUAGUCAACUAAACUAACAUGAAUACUAUUUAUAUCAGUGGCGAGAAUGUUCCUAAAAUCUUAAAGCUAGCUAACACCUACCAAAUUAAGAACAUAGUUUGUUUCGAUAAGCUCUCUGAAGAAUUAGAAGGAAAAGUCAAAGAAAGACAAUUCAAUCUUAUUUACUUGAAGGACUUGAUGGAAGAAUUUAAAGAUAAAGUUCCUCUUCCAUUUGCCAAGAUAGAUAAAAAAGACGUUUACCAAUUCUGCUAUACAUCAGGAACAACUGGAAACCCUAAAGGUGUUAUUCACUAUCACCAAAAUGCCUUAGCAUUUUUAGCUACUUGUGAAAGAUCAAUCGGUGUCUAUAAGACUAGAGAAACUGAUGUCCAUUACAGCUACUUGCCUCUUCCUCACAUCUACGAGAAACAAAUAUUUUUAUCUUUGGUCCUUCAUGGCGCUUCCUUAGGUUUUUAUAGUGGUGAUAUUUCUAAAAUGACAGAAGAUCUUUACAUUCUUUAACCUACCUUAUUCUGCUCAGUUCCUAGAAUUUUCAAUAGAUACUAUAGCAAGAUAAAAGAAGGAUUUGAUGCUGCCUCACCUGAAAAGAAGGCUAUUAUAGAUUUAGCUUUUAAGGAAAAAUUGGCUAAUAUCCAUAAGAGACCUGAUAUUGUUCACCAUGAAAAAUGGGAUGAGCUUGUUUUUAAGGAUAUUAGAAAACUUCUUGGUGGUAAAGUUAGAGGAUUUGUUACAGGAGGAGCUGCCUUAUCAGGAGAAAUAUGUGAAUUCUUAAAGGUCUGCUUUAGCUGUUGCUUCUUUGAAGGUUAUGGCCAAACUGAAAGCUUUGGUGGAUGCUUCUAGAAUGCUCCUUUCGAUGGAAAGUAUGGUGAUGUUGGGGGUGUUAAUUCCAGUGUUGAAUUUAAAUUAAUAGAUAUUCCUGAUAUGGGAUAUAGUGCAGAUGAUGUAGAUGCAAAAGGUAAUCCAAUUCCUAGAGGUGAAAUAUGCAUUAGAGGUUAAUAAGUUUGCGGUGGUUACUACAAAGACCCAGAAAGAACAAGAUAAGCUAUAGAUGAAGAAGGAUGGUUACAUACAGGAGAUGUAGGAUAACUUAAUAGCGACUUAUCAUUGAAAAUUAUUGAUAGAAAGGGUAAUCUCUUCAAACUUUCAUAAGGUGAGUUUGUUGCUCCAGAAAAAAUAGAAAAUAUUUACUCAAGGGCUAAAGGUGUAAUUGAAGCUUACGUUUAUGGUGAAGCUUUAAGAAGCUAUUUAGUUGCAUUAGUAAUCAUUGAUCCUGAAUAUAUUAUUCCAUAUGCUAAAUAAAACAAUCUUCCUGGAGACUUAAAUGAACUAUGUAAUAACAAGGAAAUUAGAGAUCAUAUCUUUAAAAAUAUAAUUGAAGAAGGUAAAAAAGCUAACUUAAAUGGCUUUGAAUAAGUUAGAGGUAUAAAGCUUGAUCCUAAACCACUAGUUUUACAUGGUGUUACCACUAAUACUUUGAAAAUAAAGAGACCUGAUGCCAAAAAGAAAUUUAAAGAUAUACUAACUGAAGUUUACAACGAAGUAGAAUUAACUAACCAUAUUGCUUGA